AUGUACUCUUCUUUUGUUCUCAUCACUGUUUUCAUUGCCGGCGUGGAAAUGUGCGGGGAUACUUCGGCCAAGUGAGUCCAUUUCUUUGAAACUACAACAAAGGUGUCAUUUUAAGUUGCGACGAUUGGGUGGCAAACGGCUUCUGUACCUCUGCAUCGUACUCUGCUGCCCAGAAACAACAGUACUGCGGGACAUCCUGCGGACUGUGCUCAUCUUCGGGAACCACGAUCGCGGCCACCGUCUCCACUUCAUCUGUGUGCUCUGAUUCGGUAUCCAGUUGUGCCACGUGGAAUACCAACGGAUUCUGCAAUUCUACAACCUACACAACUGCCGUCAAGACCCAAUACUGUGCUGCCACGUGCGGACUCUGCGGUUCCGUGUCGAGCGCCUCAGAUUCUUCCUCUACAACUUCUUCUUCAUCUUCUUCAACUGACAACGACGCUUCUGAUAGCACCACAGCUGCCGACUCCACUGCCACGUCAUCUUCAUCUGCAACUGAAACGACCGCAGACUCAACGGCAACCACAUCCAUUUCUUCUACUUGUCUUGAUUCCAGUUCCGCGUAAGUGACCCAUGAAUAUUCUAAAUGUAACCGGAUGAUUUCAGGUGUGCAUCCUGGGCGACCAACGGAUAUUGCACCAACUCGGCUUACACUGAUGCUCAACGCAAGGCGUACUGCGCCAAGACUUGCAAUCUUUGCUGA